AGGAGACGCUCAUCUGCUGUUAAUAAAAUUACAGACGCACUACUGGAGGCCAACCAUUGAUGCUCUGCUGACGGGUGCCAGGAGUUGCGCAGAAAAGGAAGGAGACGAGUCCCUAAGCCACCAGCUCUAUUCGAGUCAGCCAGCCGCUGUCAGGUGGCUGUCUUAGACAGCCCAUAGCAAGCGUCUGCGGAAAGCGAGCCCCUCUCAAUUUGUGCAUUGCUCGCAAGGAGCAGCCCACAGCUCCAGUCAGCUCGCCCCACAGGCGUCAAGCCAAGGAUGAUAUAGCACUCAGCACCACCUCUCAGGCUGCUGCCACAUCACCAGGCAUACCGCCAGCUGUCAGCAAGACAGCAGGGCGAGGAAUAAUGGCAGAGGCAGCCUGUGAGGCACCUUCUUGCUGCAGCCCUGGCAGAGUCUCUGCAAGCAGGGGCGCGUGCAGCACCAGCAGCAGCUGCUCUGCGGUUUCAGAUGGGCCUGAAAGCGCAUACAGACAUCACCACAGAGUACCACAGGCAGGCAGCCAAAAUAAAAGACGCAGGGAUCCUAGAGGAGGUUGGAACACCGGGUGCCAUUGGUUAGGGGAUCUCGGCAGAAUAGGUCUCAUAAUCGCGGUUUUGCUCAGCCCAUUGGCGAGCAGUGCUGUAAUGGCGCAGCAAGGAGGCGCACGUAGAAGCUUAGGGAUAGCCCCUCCACCGGCGCAGGCGCUCAGCGUGGCGGGCAGAGCGGGGUACGAGUACAAGGGGAAGGUCAGCUUUGUGCACAGCCAGAAGCGGGCGGUGCCAGUCAUGGACGUGAGCAGUUUAGAGGAAGCCGCGUCGCCCCCUGUGGGAGCUGAUGCCGAGCACUUCACUGUACUAGUCACCAGCAGCGGCCACAGCUUCACCAAGAGGUUAGCGGUGGACGAGAAGGAGCCAGAUCUGGCGGAGGCCCUGUCUGCGACGGAGUUCUCUGCACGCCAGCCGCAGCCAGACCAGGCGCUGCAGAGCAGCCGGCGGCUGGCGCAGGCGGCCAUACCCAAUAACAUCGGCAUUGCCAGCACCGACCUGGGCUGCGACGGCUGCAGCGGCUACGACAACAGGAUACAGGUGACCAACACCGUGCAGUUUCCCUUUUCGGCAGUGGGAGAGCUGACGGGCCAGCUGGGCACAAGCAACAGGGGUUUGGAGUGCACGGGGACGUUAAUUGGCCCGAAGCAUGUGGUGACGGCGGCGCACUGUGUGUAUGACAUAAACGACAGCCACCAGUACGUGGCUUCCAUUAAUUUUGCGCCUGGCCAGAACGGCAACCGGCGGCCCUUUGGGCAGCUGGAGUGGUCCUCUGUGCGAGUGCUCUCCCAGUUCACCAGCCAGGCGACCUACACGCCGACGGCGAUGGACUACGAUUUUGCGCUGAUUACGCUCAAGGACAGCGGCGCUAGCGCGGGCUACAUGGGCAUGGACUAUGGGAACAGCGGCCGCAAAGUCACCCUCAACCUCACCACUGCGGGUUACCCGGGGGAGAAGCCGGCUGGCACCAUGUGGGAGAGCCUGUGCGCUAACAUCAACAUUGACUACGUCGGCAACCAAGGCGUCUUCAAUGACAUCGACCAGUGCCAAGGCCAGAGGUGCGCCAACAUUCUGCAGCACACGUGCCUGUCCAGCAACGGUCAAUCCGGCUCUUCCAUGUGGGAUGACAACCAGCGUAUCCGCGCCAUCCUCACUGGCAAGGUGUCCACGAGCGACAACCAGGACAUCAACGUGGGCACCAAGAUAAAUUCAUUUGUGUACAACACGCUCGCGCAGUGGUACAACGAGGACGCGCGGGCAGCGGGCAGCAACAACACCCUGCCCGCUGCCCCAAGCGGCCCCCAGGCGCCCCCCUCCGAAACGGGCCCCCGCACUUUCCUGGGGGUCCGCCUCGAGUGGAACAACCCCGUCUUUAUUGCGAUUGUGGUAGCGCUGUGCUGCGUGGGCGUGGCCAUUCUGACCGGGCUGCUGUGCUGCCUGAACCGCGCAUGCGCGCGCCGGCGCGCCGUAAACAAGAUGUACUACGGGCCGAGGACCCCCCCGCGCGAGCAGCAGCAGCAGUUUGCGACUAACGGCGGCGGUGCGGUGACUAAUGGCGGCGGGGGGUACCCGAGCCAUUACUCGGCGGGCCGCUCAGAGCAUGCGGUCGUCUAUGACGAGCACUCGGGACAGUUUGUCGUUAAUGGGCGCCCGUAUGGGGCGUACCAAUUUGAUGCGCAGCGUGGUUAUUUCCCCACGCGCGGCUAGGCUUUUUAGUAUAAGCCCUCUGAACCCUAAGGAGCUAUUUCCCCAUCCGCAGCCAGGCUUUCUGCCUGUUGCCACUGGAUUUAAGGCCAGCCUGGCCUCUGGAUGGGGCACACUAAUGACAUGCAUCAGGUAUUCUUACCUGGGUGGCAGCAGGGGACUUUGAAAUUGACCGGUCAGUUUCAGGCUCCCCUGGUGUUGUCACGGGGCCGCGAGGUACAUAUGGAAUAGUGUGCGAGGACAAAUAAAUGGAUAGGCUCUGCGCAACAAGGGGGUUUGCAAGGAAUGAAGGAAGGGCUGUCAGCUUGGACAGCGUAGAACAUGAGAGGAAAAGGAGCUCUAGGUGUGUGAUUGCUCUGUGGAAUUCAUUGAAGCUGGCAAAGACACAGGCCGUGAAAUGCAUGGUGGCAAUUGUUUGAAUUUGAAGGCAAGGAACCCUACGUUGAAUUUUCUGUGCUUGCAAGCAAGAUGAGCAGCGCUUGCUGACAUUCGUGCAUCCAAGAUAGAGGGAUCACAGCGUCUCUAUAUCUCUUUGGUGUGACAUAAGUACCAUAGUCUCCAUUUAUGACGCAAGAUUGCUGCUGUGUCAGCUUGUGUGUUUCAGCUCUGAAAACUCUCCACAUUGAUUCCGCAUUGUUUCAAAGCGCGGCUCAGUGGAAGACUCCAGGAAAUAUAAGCAAAUCGACAAAGAGAUCCUAGACAGCUUUGACUGCAAUGUGACCAGGGGUUUGGCCAGAAGUAGGAAAUGACUUGGGCAAUACUUAGUCUGCCAACAUUGUGGCAGGUGUGGGUACGUUUUAGGCCAACAUGUGUGCUGUGCAUUGAGCAGGCAUCGGUUUGUCUUACAUGAACAGUGGUCAUGCCAACCUUCGCACAUCUGUAUCUUUAACCCUAUAUGCUUUAAAGCCGGCUGCUAU